AUGUCUUCCGCAGUUGUCGCUCAAGUCUCAUCAGAAGCCUCUACCAACACCACCACUUCGGGAGCCUCUACUUAUGAGAAGAAACCAAAAUCUCAAACCUUUGAUAAUGAUGAACAAUUAAAAGCAAAAGGUUUUCCAUUGGAAACCAAAUGGACCUUUUGGUAUGCCAACACUAAAGUGGAUAAAGAAGGUCAUCCACAAGACCAGCAACAACAACAAGAUAACGGAAGUCAUUACCGUGAUUGUUUGAACAAGUUGGCUACCGUUUCAACAAUUGCUGAAUUUUGCAAAGUUUAUGCCUAUCUUCAAAAGCCAAGUAAAUUGCCAAAGAAUAGUAACAUUUCAUUAUUUAGACAUGAAGUUGUUCCAAUGUGGGAAUCAUUCCCUCAAGGUGGAUGUUGGAUGGUGAGAAUUAGAAAAGGAGAAAAUGGCCAAACAUCAACACUCAUUGACAGAUUGUGGGAACAACUCAUCUUUUCUUCCAUUUGUGAACAAUUUGAAACUGGAAACGUUGUUGGAUGCGUUUUGAGUUUGAGAACUAAGGAAGAUGUAUUGCAGGUUUGGAACAAGAAUUCUAAUAAUCAUGCAGAUAGAAUUCAUAUUUGUGACCGCUUCAAGUGGAUUUUGCACUUUGGGGAAGGAGUUGUUGUUCAAUAUAAACACAACAAGCUCUCUAUUAAGGAUGGAAGUACAUUCCGUAAUGCUCGUACCUUCAUGGUUUCAGGAAAUGAAACUUCUGAUGUUACACGUUCUGUGGACGAUGAGACAGAACCAACCCCAGUGAGCCAAAAACAACCAGUUUUUGAAUAA